AUGAAGCUCCCAUCCUCUGUAUCCGCCGCCGUUCUCGGCCUUUCCCUCACAGCUCAGGCAUGCCUGCUGCCCCACGAGGCUCUCGCCGAGCGAGAGUAUGCCCGUCAUGGAACUCGCCAAGUUCACCCUCGUUCCCAGUACCAGCCCAGAGGUCUUAGCCAGUCAAACACCGUCCCUAUUGGCACGGGUGAUCGCUUCAAGAACGGCACCGUCGCCCCCGUCGGUCUGGGCGUUCAAGACAGAGAUCUCGAAUCUAUCCUCAGUGUCCAGGAAGUCGGAUCCGCCGUUCGCGGCCUCUCUGCUGCUUUCCCCGAUGCUGUCAAGUUGUUCACGCCGCCGUUCAAGACCCAGGAGGGCAGGACCCUGCAAGGUGCCGUGAUUGGUGACAAUCCCCGGGUGUUUCUGAUGAGCGGCAUCCACGCCCGUGAGCGAGGCGGGCCAGACCACCUGAUUUACUUCAUCUCCGACCUCCUCGAGGCGCAGAAGAACGGAAAGGGUGUCUCUUAUGGCGACAAGACAUACACAGCUGAGGAGGUCAAGACGGCCCUCUCCGCCGGUGUCGUCUUCGUCCCACUCACCAACCCCGAUGGUGUUGCCUAUGAUCAGGAGACCAGCACUUGCUGGCGCAAGAAUCGUAACACGGCGUCGUCCUCGGGCGGCUCGAAUAGCCAGGACAUUGGCGUGGACCUGAACCGUAACUUCAACUUCACAUGGGACUACAAGACCCUAUUUAGCUCUGACCUCUCUUCCCCUCCCGCGUCUGAUGACCCGUCGAGUGAAGUUUUCUAUGGCACUGGCCCGGCCUCUGAACCCGAAGUCCAGGCUGUCACCUGGGUCAUGGACCAGUACAAGGGCCUGUCCUGGUUCCUCGACCUCCACUCCUACUCCGCCGAUAUCCUCUAUGCCUGGGGCGACGACGACUACGGCACCGAGGACCCCAAGCAGAACUUCCUCAACAAGCAGUACGACGGCCACCGCGGGUUUACCGGUGAGGACCCCGCCGGCAGCGAGUACAAGGAAUAUCUCGCCCCCGAGGACCUCAAGGCCGAGGAGUCGCUCAACAGCCUGAUGCUGUCGGCCAUGAACGGCGCCGGGACCCUCAAGUACACCGCCCAGCCCAGCGUCGGCCUGUACCCGACCUCGGGCGGCAGCAACGACUACGCCCUCGGGCGGUACUAUUCCGGGGAGUGCGGUGUCAGCCGCCUGUACGGCCUCUGCCUUGAAUUUGGAGAUGCCAGCUCCGCCGACCCUUCGUGUCCCUUCUACCCAUCCAAUAAGGAGUACCACAACUCCAUGCGGCAGGUCGGAGCUGGCUUCAUGGAGCUGAUGCUCAAUGCUGCAGGGUCCGCUGGCGAGCCCAAGGUCAGAGAGUGCUAA